AUGAUAUCAUCUUCAUCAGAAAUCGAAUGGGAUUGUCCUGAAUGUCAGACUGCUAUAACUGAUCGACGAAAAUAUUGCAAUAGUUGUCAAUCAAUGCUAGUUUGGACAUGUAUUCCUUCUGGAAAAUCAGGUUUAUACAAUAAUUACCAUCGAUAUCGCAACAGAUGUAACUAUUGUACACCAGAGCUUGAAGAAGAACGGCAGCAGUUGAAGACGGAAAAUCGGAUCUCAAGAUUUCAAGAAAUUGCAAUAUCGGAUAAUGAGCAACGCCCCUGGUCCGAGUGGAGUCGUAGCGAUGAGUCAUGUACACAACAUACAGAACACGACAUCGAACAAGUGCAACAAGUAUUCAAUAUGUGGGAACAAUCGCUGAUCGAAUUUUGUAUGAAUAGAAAACAACAACAUACAACAGAUACAAAUAAUAAAUUUUUAUCGCCUAUCAAUUUACUUGCAGUUACGCUAUGGUAUCUGAAGCAUUAUCGCUCUGAGCGUUAUAUAGCAGCAGAGUUAAACUUCAGCAAAUCAACAGUGAACUAUUUUUUAUCUGCCGUGGUAGAUAUAUUAUAUGCAUCUGCAUAUCCGAAGUUAAUUUUAUUACCUGAUGAUAUGGAUGAUGAAGCUACCGCGUAUGGCCCUGAACAGUACCACAAGCUAAUUGUAGAUUCUACCUUUAUUGCAAUUCACCAGCCAGAAGAUUUUGACCAACGUAAAGCGUAUUAUCAUGCAAAAAGCCCAACAAACUAUGCAUUUAAAAUACAGAUAACUUGUGAUUUUAAUCAUCGAAUAGUUCAUGUGUCCAAAUACUAUCAAGGCAGUGUACAUGAUAUUACUGUUCUAAGAGAAUCAGGGUUACUGGAACAUAUAGAAGAACAUGUUCAAAUCAUAGCCGACAAAGGAUAUAUCGGUGAACAAUAUGUCAUAACCUCGAGAAAGAAACCUCGUGGUGGCGAAUUAACAGCUGAAGAUAAAGAUUUCAAUCGGUCAAUUUCCAGUGCAAGAGCAGCGAUUGAAAACAUCAAUCAACGCAUUAAAAAUUAUGCCAUUUUAGGAAGUAUUUACAGAGGUGCCUAUGAUGAUUUUGAUAAGAUUACUCGAAUUGCACAUGUAGUCUCUGCACUUUGUAAUCUUAAGUUAAGUAAACAUCCUAUUCGAAAUGAAAGAUAA